CCGUUAUGUCCUCUAUCUCCCUCUCCGCUUCCCGCUUCCGAACCCUAGCGUUUCUUCGAUCGCCCACAGGCGACUGCAUAAGAGGCCCGCGCGCCCAUGGAGCUCCAUAUGAACCACGCCAUGGCGGAGAAGCGUCACGCCGCCCAGAAUCGUCGUCCAACUGCCGUCCGAUGGUUCAAGGAAUGGGUUCCGCAAGACGUGGUUGCGACGGGUGGGAAGUGCAUGCUUUUGAAGUGGGUUACGGAGGAUAUGCUAAAAGCUUUGAAAGAGAAGAAUAAGGAAACAGAAGCAGAAGAGCAGAAACCUGAACCAGCUACAGAAGUUCUAUUCCUCUGCAGCUAUGAAGGUUGUGGGAGAACUUUUAUUGAUGCAGGGGCUUUAAAGAAACAUGCUCACAUCCAUGGAGAGAAGCAACACAUUUGCCAAUACGAUGGAUGUGGAAAGAAGUUUUUAGACAGUUCGAAGUUGAAGAGGCAUUAUCUUAUUCAUACAGGUGAAAGAGAUUUCAUAUGCCCCCAUGAAGGCUGUGGUAAGGCCUUCUCAUUGGAUUUUAACUUGAGGGCACAUAUGCGGACGCAUUCACUAGAAAAUUAUCAUGUUUGUCCUUACCCAGAAUGUGCGAAGAGAUUCACAAAUGAAAGCAAACUACGAACCCACAUAAAGACACAACACGAGAAGAGCACAGUGAUGGAUACGGUGAAGCACACUACACCAGUGGAAAAGCCACAUACUACCCCCAAGUUAUCUGCAGCUGCAUAUGGUUCCGGUUCUGCAGAGCGUCCGUACGUCUGUCCAUACGAAGGUUGUGGGAAAGCCUACAUCCAUGAGUACAAAUUGAAUCUCCAUUUUAGAAGGGAACAUCCCGGUCAUAACUCAGAGGAAAACGGUAAACCUUCUCCGGCUGUCGACCAAGCUGCGGAGGAAGGCAGUGAUCAGGAAGUGUACCUCGCAAAACGCAGCGUCGGCAAGAACUCAAAGCGGAGCAAGCCCAACCUGACGCCGCAGAUGCCACCUGCAAAAGUUUCGAACCGCAAAGGCACAAGUUCGACUCCCAAGAAGAGUACACCGGUGGUGGUGGUCAAGAAGCAAUUGCCGAGCAAAGAGAUGUAUGAGGAAGACAGCGAGGAAACAGAGGAAGACCAGGAUAAUGUCGAAGAAGAAGAUGGAGGAUGGAGAUGUCAGGAGGUGAACAGGGACGACGAGGAGACAGAGGAGGAAGAAUGAGCGACGGUAGUUGCCGCCUAUGUUGUUUUGAAUAAUAACGACAAUGUCGUUAUGAGCAAUGGUUAUUUUAUCUCGAUGUAUUUGCUUCAGAGUUGUUGUUUAAUAUCGACGAAUGUGAUGAAAGAUGAGUGUAAAAUUGAUCGUGGGGGGUUAUUCCUUAUUCUAUUUCCGAAUCUGUAUAUGUCAAACAAUACUAGCAUCGAUGCCGUACCACAUUGCCUGUAGAGUACAGCUAAAAUAAUAAGCUUGCUGACAUUAUGAUUGGAAUCCUAUCAAAUUAACAUAAUAAAAUGUUAGCAUAUAU